UGGUUGGCAAUAUCCAUGUUUUUGGGUGGGUCUGACAUCCUGUUUAUCACUGCACAGAAUUCCAAGAAGAUCACGGAUAAGAUUUCCACACCAGGAACCGGCAUGUCAUAUGGUAUCUGUCUUGCAUCCUCUAGUCUUUUUCUGCUCCUCUUCGUGUCAAGUAUAACGAUGAGGAUCCAGAUGACAAGGACACUGGGGUUGGCCGUGGUUCUCACUGGGUUGGUGGCUGUCGGUGCUUCUCCCACGGUCUCCAAAGAAAGCUGUUCCUCGGUCCAAGUCCUGGGUGAAGCGUCCUCGGCGAUUCAGGAGAAAGUCCUUCAGGAGAUGUGCGAGAAGAUGUUCGACCACGUCCUCCUCAGUGGCUCCUCUGGCGGCGAAUCCGACUCGAAGGCAAGGAGAGCAACCCAGGCGGCUCUGCUCGUUCUCCACAGCGACAGCUCCAACAGCUCCGUGGCCUGGGACUCUGGCGCAGAGCGUAACGUCAUCAAGAAGAAAGGCUGGUAUGUAGACGAGGAGGUCUCACUCACAAAUGGCUAUCGAUGGUACAGCCACGGCCUGCCCAUGUGGCCUUUCCUGGGCCGGAAGAAGAAGUUCUGGGGAUUCCUUCGCAGGGAACCGCGGUGGCCCAAUUACGCCCUCGCGACGCCGCUCUACCUCGCCCCUGCCGAGCAAAGCGAGGGUCGUGACCCUCGUAUCUCCGUCGGGAAGUUCCUCAUGAAGGAUCUCGAGAGGCCUCGAAGCGACGGCGUUGAUUCAUUCUCGAAUACGACAGUCCCGAAGGAUAUUCGUAAAUUCGUCUUGGGUCAUUUCUUCGGACAGGCUCCAGGGAGGUUUUCGACUGCACCCUGGCGAGAAAACGCAGACAAGGACUUCGAAGAAUAUGAACACUGGUUCCAACCGCUUGUUGAACGAGGUCUCCAGCGCAUGAUCAAAUCGUUCGGCAAACAACACAAGUCGAAAUGCCCUGACGAAACCUACGUGUUCUUCUUCCGCCAACCCUGUGGGAGCCUCGAGUCCUGCCAAGUGACUAAGGACAUUAAGGACAAACUCGGUAAAUGUCCACGCACUGAAUUGGUCGUCGGUUUCCUUAAACCGCUGGCGCACUGAGAAGAGGAAAUUCACAUAUGCAAAAAGUAAAUGUCUUUGCUUCGGCCCUUCUUAAAGGUACAGACAGGUGUAUUUUCACUUGUCAUAAUGUGUGAGAAAAAAAAUCCGUAGAAAUUUUCAAAAUAAUCUAACACAUCCAAAGGCCUUUCCGAUAUGAAUAAUUAUUAUACUGCAAAACAAACCGGUAAACAACUACCGAGUCGGCCACCAGAACAACGCUGCGACUUCAUCCCACUUAAAAUCGAGUGGCCUAUUGCUGCCUUUCUGCACAGCUGCCGACCUGAGUGACCUUUGACCUCAACAGGAGGAUGUAAUCAUGAAAUGCUUAACACGAAGCAAAUUGCAAUGGAAAAUCGGUCAACAUUUUCCAAAGAAAUUCUGGAACCUUUAACGUAGAAGUCGAAGACGAUGCCGCUGCUGCCACCAAAAGCCAGAGAGAAAAAAAGCGAUUUUUUUAACAUCUGCAAGUCGAGCUCCUUUCAUCUUUAUCAUCUGUGCAAUGGAAUGUGUAAAGAGCAAUCAUCAAUUUUACACAAAGAGGAGUCUACUAUGGCUUCCAAUCCGCGAUCUUGCAACACGUGAAUGCACAAGGAAAGUAGAAAGCUGUUUUUAAUCACGGUGCUUUUAUAUCCGAAUUUAUUAUACCCUUUGUCACUGACUAAUUUUGUAAUGAAAAAUGCUACGGAUUUUCUAAUAAUUCACAUUUGUAAGAUUUGUCAUAGAGUAAUCUUGUUAUAAUCUACUAUUAAUAAUAACUAAUUUCAAAUUCAGAAAUAUUGUAAUUGUGAUUUCAUAUGAUUGAUGCUAGUUAUGUUACAAACAAAUAAAAAUCCUUUUGAAAUUAUGGAAUACCGAUUCAUAAAUCAAUAAAAAUCAACUAUUUA